AUGGAAGAGCUCCAGGGCGAAUUUAAGUAUGCCGUUGUUUUAUAUGACACAAGAAUACUGUACCAAAAGCUUUCCGAAGGUUUCAGUCUAUGUGACAUCUGCAAUCGCGUGAACUCUUGUCCCGUCGGACCCUUAUCUUCACACGUAUUUCCCACAAAAUACGGGGCAAACACCUGCAAUCAGCAAGCGAUAGCGCUUGGGCUUUUGCUCGGCGGCCUGACACGCGCCACCAUAAAACUGCGCGUCUUUGCAUCCGUAGGACGCCGCCUGUCUACCACGAGUGAGCAAGGUGCACCAACAGGGCACUAUGACUCCACUUCGUCAGAUCUUUAUCUUUGCUGUACUGGUGGUGUGUCUGCUGGCCCUGAUCAUGGCAGCGCCAGCCAAGAAAUGCCCCAGCUUCUGCAAGAAAGAAUGCCUGAACCCAGUUCUUUGCCCACCACAGUGUCAGCACUGCAUGAUAAAUCUGUUGAUCUGAAGAGGCGAUGAGCUGCUUUAGGCGCUGAUGGAAGCCAAGUAAUAUAGGCACCCUGCAUCGGCCAAAUGGCGCUGCCACUCUUUUAGUUAUCACACCAGUGUCACCAACACCAGCCGCUAUUGCCGCUAUGAAAAUGAAAUAUUUGAAAAGCAAGGACACAAGCUGACGCUUCAUCACUCGCCUGAGUGCUACACGCCGAGCUUUGCCGAUCUUGAUGGUCAGGUUUGGGGUCGUUCGUUCUGUCGUGUUCAAGCGCGAUCAUGCCUUAUCAUCGCAGCACGGACGGCGUAGCUUAACAGUGGCCGAUCCCGGGUUGCGGCGCUGCUGUCAACUGGAAAGUUUCAGCGCAGGGUGCCUAUAUAGGCUAUUGCAUCGCGAAGGAACACUCAACUCAGGGAACAAUCAACUCGAAACAAAUAUGAACUUUGAUACCAGUCUAGAUAUUCUUAAAAAGCAACUAACAAACGAGUCAUUAGACGACACAAACAAAGUUAAGCAUAUUUUGGUGAAUUGUAAUGCAUAUGAGAAUACAUUGUUUUAUAUGAAUAGAAAGUAGUUGUUAUACAUUUCCUUGUAUUUCAUGUUUCACAUAUUAGACAUUUGCACUGCACAUAAGUAAGGUCUCAUUGGAUGGAUGUUUUUGUUAGUGUUUAUUUUCCUUUCAUUAAUAUAAAUUAUAAAUGUACAACGUUUUUAUUUUUCUUCAUUUGUUUACGACACGCUGAUUUAAUGAGCGCAUGCUGCGAGAUGGUGUUACAAAAAUUCUAUAUUCUUUUUUACACUAAGUACAGAAAUCUCAGUCAUUGCUGUACCUUUAGCUUCUGCGCCUUUCUUCAUGUGAUUCAAAAACCCAAAAAAGCAUUUAGUCUUUUGCAUCUCUUCGUCUAUAGCUACUAGCGCUGUGCACAAUUUGCACAUUUUUCAGCACAUCACAGCUAUAAUUAAAUAUUUUAUAUGUGUGGACUGCAAGUAAUAAAGAAUUGACAUGCCGUGUC